GCGGGAGACGCAGCGAGAUACGAAUCAGUGCGGAGCGAGGACGAGGAGCAUCCCAGAACCCAGUCUAAACAUGACAAGCACCCUUGUGGUCUGAGACGAUGCCACUGCCUGGAGACCAUGGCUUUAGCCCCCCAGCCUGGCACUGAACCAUCUGCAGCCCAGCAGGAGAUGACCUUGACUCCCAGCCUGACUCAACUGAGCCUGGAUCCUGUAUACCAGCCAGAGCUGACCCUGAGCCCCAGGCUGGCUGAGCUGACUCUGGGUUCCUCAAGCCAUCCAGAGAUGACUCUCAGUCUUGGUUCAGCUGAACUGACCCUGGAUCCCGCACAUCAGCCAAAGGAGACCCCAGCCCCAAACCUAGCUGAGCUGACUCUGGAGCCUGUGCACUGCCGACCUGAGCUCUUGGAAGCCUGUGCUGACCUGAUCAAUGAUCAGUGGCCCCGCAGCCGUGCCUCCCGCCUGCACUCCUUGGGCCAGUCCUCAGACUCCUUCCCCCUCUGCCUGAUGCUGCUUGGCCCUGGGCCCACACCCGAGGCAGCACCCAUUGUAGUGGGUCAUGCCCGCCUGUCACGGGUGCUGGACAGGCCCCAAAGCCUCCUAGUAGAGACAGUGGUGGUGGCUCGGGCCCUAAGGGGCCGUGGCUUUGGCCGCAGGCUCAUGGAGGGCCUGGAGGUGUUUGCUCAGGCCCGGGGCUUCCACCGGCUACACCUCACCACCCAUGACCAGCGGCACUUCUACAGCCAUCUGGGAUACCAGCUGGGUGAGCCUGUGCAGGGCCUGGCGUUCACCAGCCAACGACUGCCUGCCACCUUGCUCAGUGCCUUCCCCAGUAGCCCCAACAUCCGACCACACUGCAAGACCACUACUCCUAGUUUGACUGCCCACAAUGCCCUAAGAAGCCUCAAGGGGCCAUCAUUGCCACCACCCCCUCCCCUGCCUAAACCCAUGACCACCUUACCCCCACCUCCAGCAGGGCCCCUUCCACAAAACCUGCUGAAAUCACAGUACCAAAACCUGAGAGGAUGUCCCAUAUUCUGGAUGGAGAAGGACAUCUGAGGGCCACCAGGGAAAGGCACUAUAUUUCUGGGUCAGUGGACUGCCCAGGACAAUACCAGCUUCCGCCCACUAGCCCCUGGAGUCAGCUUUAGCCUGGGCAUGUUGCCUGAAUGCCAGUGGAGCCAAGAGAUAACGCCGUGUCUCUGGCUCAGAGCAGUCAGUGUGACUGAAUAAAAGCUUCUUUUGGGUGUGGCUGUGACAGUUUAUUUGUUGGCGCCCACCCGUAUCUCCCUGCUUUGGCUUAGGUGCCCCAUCCCUAUAGGAGCCCCUAGAUCUACCCUGGAGCUGGAACCAUGGAUAGAGGGCAUUUGCCCUUUGCCCCUCCACUGUGCCAGGCUCAGGGACAAGGUUGGCUUCCACAUUCACUCAUUGCCACUUACUAAACACUUGCUGUCAGGCCCCACGCUGAGCACAGGCAAUGGGGAAAUAGAGACAGGGUGUCAACUCAAGGGGACAGACAGAGGCGUAGAGCAGCGGGAUCCACGCCGGGACAGUGGGAGUCCAGGUGCCCGCACUCCACCUGAGCGUCGCGGAUACCUCCCAGGAGAGGUGCUGUCAGGAAAGACCUCAGUGCAGCGUAAGAAUAAAGCCAGGAAAGGAAGGUAGCAGCUGAGUGUUCUUGAGACAGGAUACAAGGGCAGAGUAACAAUGGAACUUGUAAGAGCUGUGGGUGGGUAAGAGCCAGAGGGUGCAGUGGUGAUAGGACAGAGAAGACCAGUACAAGAAGAAAGCUGCCCAGGCCAGGCUGCUGUGAGAAACUAUAGGUCUUCUGGGGGACCAUGCUUUCCCCACUCCCUGUCUUUCUGGGAAGGAGCCUUGGGGUUUACCCAGCUUUCCCCACUGUAUGGAACAUGUGGCCCUGGACUGGCCUCUAAGCUC